AUGGACGAGGUCGUUUUCCGGUCUCGUCUGCAGCGCCACGUUCUCGCGCCGCCGCCGGACGUGGUCGUGAUUACGGACGAGGAAGAAGAAGAGUUGGUUCUUGGCCACGAUGAUGACGACUGGAAGGAGGUGGAUUCGGAGGAGGACGAUGAGGAGUCCGCGGAGGAUGAGUCCCAGGAGGCGAGCGGCGGCGGCGAGGAGGAGGAGUAUUUCGACAGCGACGAAAGCAGCGAUGACGAAGAGGAGGAUGACGACGAGAUCUUCGGCGGCGACGAGGUACUACUAGCACGGCUGCGGCAACUCCGCCCGAACUUCGUCCCCAAAGGGCGGUUCCUCGGCCCCGCGCCGCGGUUCGCCACCGCCGGGAACACGGCCGGCUUCAUGCGUGUCUUCGCCACCGAGGAGAGCCAACAACAUGGCGGCGGCGGCGAGAAGCAGAUCUUGGUGUUCUACCGCUACACCCGCUUCAGGGCGGCGGAACCGGAAUCGGGCGGCGGCGGGGUGCGGGCGCGCGGCAGCACGAGGGAGCACCAGGUCCGGUUCGUCCUCCCGCACGCCGGCGACGCGGCGAGGUCGCUGGCGUGGGCCGCGUCGGCGCUGGUCCCGCUGAUCUACCCCGGCCGCUCCACCAAGCAGCUCCAGGCGCUCUGGUCCGCCCUAGCCUCGCAGGUGCGCGUCCCGCCGCGAGCAGCGCGCGUCGAGGUGCUCGUCGACGUCGGCAUCCUCCGUCUGCCGGACUGCACCCCGCCUGGCAUGGAGGGCAUGGCCGCCGCGCUUCAGGGCAAGAUGCUGGAUCCGUGGCCCGCGGGCUUCGUUGGCAUGGAGCUGCGCCUGCCGGAGCCCGUGCUGUGCGGCGGCGGCACGGAAGGGGAAGCCACCGACGACGACGACGACGACGGCGGCGGCGACACGGACUGCUGCGAGAGGCGGUCGGCGAAGAGAAGGAAGGUCGCGGCUGAUUUCGCGGCGCAGGAGUGCGCCGUUUGCCUGGAGCCCCUGGAGAGCGACCUCGCGGCGUGGCCCGGGUGCUCCAGGCCUCACGUGUUCCAUGGCGGGUGCUUGGAGCGCAGCCUCAAGGAGUGCGAGACGUGCCCCAUCUGCAGGCGCAAGUUGUACGUCGAGGGCGCCUAAGAUGAAUUAGAAACGUUUGCAGCUGUUGUAGAAGCUGUAUAGGACUAGCCAUUCUUCAGAAUUUAUUUGUUUGCUGAAGGGAUACUAGCAUUCUUCAGACUGUUGAUGUAUAUUUAUACAUUCAUUCAUCAAUGAAUGAAUCAUGUCAGUUGUAUCUGAUUGAAACAAAUCUCUGUAACAAUAUCCUUGGAUUUAAUGAAAGGAGAACUCCUUGUCUGUUCA